AUGACCGACCGGAAUGCCGCUACCAUGGGCAAGAGCGCUAAGCAGGAGCCUGCCAAAGGCGACGAUGGCAAGGCAGUGAGCCGCGACAAGAACUCAAAUGCCACUGCUUCUGGCAAUCAUAAGGCCCCUACCAAAAAGAGACGUAAAGUCAACCAUGCUUGUGUAUAUUGUCGACGAUCUGAGAGACCAUGUACCAGAUGCAUUAAACGCAAUAUUGGACAUCUCUGCCACGAUGAACCUCGCGAUGCCGACUCCAAGAAGGCAAAGAGUGUUCAGAGCACUCAGAGCAUACAGGCCCCCUCUGUAGUUGAUGAAUCGGACGCACAGUCUGAUAUGGCUCGUAGCUCAAUCUCUAGUACCAUGGGUCCACCUCCUCCAACGUUUGACACGACAAGGCAGCGAGGUUCCAAAUCGUUUGGGGGGGUGCUGGGUCAAGGUAGCCCACUGUCCAUUGUGCAACCCGGCCAGGUCUCGGGCCUGCAGGGCACUGCGUUGAACAACGGCAAUAGUAACGCGAAUCAAUUUGCGGGUUUCCAAGAUGCGUGGAUGACAGCUCAGAACCAUUUUCAUGAUAUGCACAGCUAUCACCCCAACUACAUGAUUGCCUCAGAAGUCACUCACGAGUUCAAUCUUCUCAACGAUUUCCUCCAUACGAGUCUACUCGAUGACGGCAGUGUGCCGACAGAGGAACAACAGAGCCCGGCAUUCAAGCGGUCGAGCCAGAGCCAGUCGGAGAUGCUACCCAGGUUUGGAAAUAACACCAACUCCUCUAUGGGAGCCGGUGGUUCAAACACCAUGUCAAACAUGACAGAGGGAUCAAUGCUGCCACCCCCUCCGAACGUUGAGGGUAAGAACAUUCCACGACCGGGAAGCGUUGUGCCCGCCGACAAGGCUCGCGAAUACUAUCUACAAGCUGCCGACCCAUCAGGCAACGACACGCCAGAGGAGCGAAUGGCGCGUGUGCUCAAGGCCAAGUACGAUGCUGGACUUCUAAAGCCGUUCAAUUAUAUCAACGGUUAUUCUCGCUUGGGUGCAUAUCUCAAUUCACACAUCACAACAGCGUCAAGAGAUAAGAUUCUGAGGACCAUCGCUCGCUUCCGGCCCGCUUUUCGAGAAAAGGCACAUGCUUUGACGGAUAUAGAACUUGUGUACGUUGAGAUGUGGUUUGAGAAACAGCUCAUGGACUAUGACCGGGUGUUUGCAAGUAUGGCAGUCCCCGCAUGCUGCUGGCGGAGAACCGGUGAAAUCUUCAGGGGCAACAAGGAGAUGGCAGAGCUGAUUGGCGUGUCAGUAGCUCAACUCAGAGAUGGCAAAAUCGCGUUGCACGAAAUCCUCACAGAAGAAUCAAUGGUGCGAUACUGGGAAGAAUUUGGCACAAUUGCUUUCGAUCCAGCGCAUGAGACCCUCUUGACGGCCUGCUCCCUGAAGAAUCCAACCCCUGGGUCAACGCAUCCAGUUGUGAAAUGUUGUUUCUCGUUCAUGAUCAGAAGAGAUGAGCACAAACUUAAGAAAAAGAAAAUAGUCGGAACUGGGAACGGCGCUUGGAUACAUGGUUUGGGAGCCAUCGGGACAGAAUUCGCUACAGAUCUCCUUUCCAAGUUGCCCACCUCAUGUAACUCGAGCUCAACCGAUGUUCUCCUUUCCGACCUGAAUCAUUACAUAACCACAGCCAAUGCUCUGGUUGAUAACCGCGUUGCUCCUCCGGUAGAAGUCUCCAGAGAUCUGAAGGAUAUCGGGAGGAAGCUAUGGAACGAAUGUAUCAAAGAAAGGAGAAGGAGGGACGACCUCCUGCAGUCCACUGCUAGAACUCAACUGCAGGUCCGUACUCGAGUCCUAGCCUUCUUUGCCCAUGUCCUCGCGCGGGAGCAUCGACGUGGUAAAAGAAGAGAUAAUUUGGAAGAAUUGAUAUACAUGAUGGGCUUGUCACUCACGUUAGCGCGAGUUUGUGUCGAAUCAUCGGACCUGGACGGAGCGCUUCUAAGUAUGGCCAAAGCUGCGGAUUACAUCGACCGACUAAAAAAGAUCGACAACUUGACCACUGAAGAUAGGGCGCAGGUGCAAAAGAUCGAAGCUGAAUAUUUGACUAUGCGAUGUGCUUUGUCGUGGAAACAGGGCCGUCUCGACGUUGCGGAGCACAUGUACGCCAAAGCAGAUGACCUCUUACACAAUCUCGAUCCAUCCUCUGCUGAACAUUUAGCUGACACGUUCCACGGCAUUGGGGGAGACCUCUUGUCGAGGGGCGAUCAUGAAAUGGCUUUGAAGUGGCUCCGGCGAGCACUUGACCUCAUAAAUGGCCAAGCGCUAGAAAGACUUUCGACAGAAGGGCUGGAGCUUCGUAUAUCCAUCCACCACGAACUUAUACAGUCAUUGCUCGCCACAGGAUCGCAAGAUGGACUACAAGAAGCUGAGAAUCUAGUUUCGCAUGUUGAAUUAGAGAUCGGGGACAAGCCAGUGGUUCUACAUUGGAGACUCGAAAUUAUUCAACGAUAUCCAAGCGAAGUCUUCAACGCCGACGCGAGCGCGAGCAUACUGCGCCGUAUGAUACGGUCGCUCGAUCUGUCGGACGCUGGGCUCAGCUUUCUUCUGCAUGGUAUCAGCGAACUGCGAAUGAGGGGUCCACGAUUGGCGAUAGGGCUCAUGAAUGAGUUGUUACUCAGGAAACUUAUGCCGUGCAGUAACAUGGAUUGGAUAGGUAAAGCCAUUGUCCGGCGAGUUUGGAUGGGCACGAUGGAAGCAGAUGCGUCUGUGAGCGUAACAGAUUUAAUCCAAACCCUGGAUCAACUCGCUCAAGAAGCUGGUCAGUGUGAUGUCGAGGCUUCAACUGCUGCACUUUCUCAGUACAAAGAAUCCCAACUUUGGUGCCAAGCUGCGCUCCACUCUAUCUUUGCGAAUAGUGGCGAGGCAUGUCAAGGCAAGUUCAGCAGGAGACUGGUGUUGUGCGCUAUUGCUUGUAGUGAUUCAGAAGCUGCAGUUUCUGCAUUUCACUCAAUGCCCAGAAGCAUCCAGGAUGAGCCGCUUACCAGAUAUCUCAUGUUCAGGGUUUCUCUUCUGCACUGGGAUCAUGACUUGGGUCGUCAAUGUAUCGAAUUCUUGGGCAAAUUUACCGAGAGAUCUCAAUGUCGAGAUAUACUAUAUGCGUGUAUAAGAGAUGCACAGCAUGUCGGCGAUAAGCUAUUGACCUUGGAAGCUUUGAAGGCGGUUGCCGAAACCUUUGAUGUUGAAGGCUCGUUGACUAUUAAUCUGCCAUCGAUUUUAAGGUGUACGAUCAGGCUUAUACACUCGCUUGAGUCGCAAGAGGGUAGUGAAGAAGGCCGAAGUUCUGAACUUGCAGAAGAAACUUGCCGAAUUUUUGAAAGGGCGGGUGAACACGCCAAAUUAGAACCAAAGGAUGAGCAAGGUUGCAAAGUCUUCACAGUAUCGGAGCUGCACUGGUUUCGAAAGAACGCAUACAACAUCGGCGUGACAAAGUGCCAUGAUGAUACUGAUCUACGACUGAUGUCCGCCCGUUGUCACUUCGUCGUCGCCGCGGCACUUAUCUCCCAGGCUCGUACUGAGGACAAGGUAGAUGAACAACUGCAGCAGUACCUUGAGACAAGACGGCACAUUUCAGAAUUUGACGCCCUUUUUGACGCUCAUUUCCGAAACGAUCCCAAGUCUCAAAUUUAUCCCGACCUCCUAGCCAAGCUGUCAACGCUUUUUGUCUUUGACUUUGAGAGCGCCGUCUGCUUAAAGAAUUGGGACGAUCUUAGUCAGAUUAUUAGAAAGGCCCGGGUUUGCAAAGAUGAGAUGAUGUAUAAGGCGAUGGGAGAUUGCCUGCUAAGGAGCGAAGCUUCAGGAAAUGUCGUAUAUGGAACCAUGCGGCUUAUUGUCAAUGAGAUAUUCUCACUGGAAGAAUUUGACAAUCAGCGACUCGCAAAGUACAUGCGUUGCAUGUUCCAAGCUAUCCUACCCCUGGAUGACAACCUUGCUUUCCAGGUUGUGGAACAAGCAGUCCAGAUAGCACGCGAAGGAAGCCAAAUGCAGAAGCCUUUCCCUGCAGAGGACUUGGACUGGAUCAUUGCAACAACAUUUAACCAUGCGAUUGAUAUCUUGGCGAGAGGUGAUGAGGAUCUAUGUCAGCAAUGGGCUAUGAAGGCCCUUGACCUGACCGAGUAUAUGGAUGAUGGGGGCGAUAUGCGAGAUAUGCUACGUGAAAGAGUUGUCAAGUUGGGCUUGAGCAAAGGGGCGACUACCUAA